AUGUCGUAUUCCCAAACCGCAGUCCGCUUCUUCACUGCCCCAAGAUCCCUGGGGAAUGUCAUGGAGUCCAAUCCAGUCGCGCAAGCCGUGGCUUCCUCUUCGGGCCAAACAGUGCUGAGACCCAGUAUCUCGGCCAGCUCAGCUUCGACAGGAGCAGUGGUGAACCACGAGCCGAUUAAGAAAGGCCUCACAUUCGCCAACCAAGAUUCCCUACCGAAACUCCCUAUUCCAGAUCUCGAAGAUACUUGCCGAAGGCAUCUCGAGGCACUGUCUGCUCUGCAGACUAUUCGGGAACAUGAGGAGACCAAGGCAGCUGUCCACGAAUUUCUCAAGACCGAAGGUCCCAUCCUUCAGGAGAAAUUGAAGACCUAUGCGUCGUCAAAGACCAGCUACAUCGAGCAAUUUUGGUAUGAUUCUUAUCUGAAUUUUGACAACCCCGUGGUUCUCAAUCUCAAUCCAUUUUUCCUGUUGGAGGAUGACCCGACUCCAGCUCGAAACCACCAGGUAACCCGAGCCGCAUCUUUGGUUGUAUCGGCCCUUUCCUUUGUUCGUGCCGUGCGCCGAGAAGAGCUUCCGCCAGACACCGUGCGCGGAACACCGCUGUGCAUGUAUCAAUAUUCUCGCAUGUUUGGCACAGCCCGACUGCCUACCGACAAUGGCUGCGUCAUCAGUCAAGACCCUUCCGCGAGACACAUGGUGGUGUUGUGCCGAGGCCAGUUCUAUUGGUUCGAUGUGCUCGACGACAAUAGCGACUUGAUCAUGACCGAGAAAGACAUCUCUCUCAAUCUGCAGGUGAUCAUCGAGGAUGCAGCACAGACUCCGAUUCAGGAAGCUGCGAAAGGAGCAUUGGGGGUUCUCAGCACCGAGAAUCGCAAAGUCUGGUCGGGUUUACGUGAGAUCAUGACCAAGGAUUCAGCCUCGAACAAUGCGGAAUGCUUGAACAUCGUCGACACCGCCGUGUUUGUCUUGUGUCUGGACGACACGGAGCCCUCCAGCACCGCCGAGCUAUGUGGGAAUAUGCUUUGCGGUACGAGCGAGGUCGUCAAGGGAGUGCAAGUCGGAACAUGCACGAAUCGGUGGUACGACAAGCUGCAAAUCAUUGUUUGCAAGAAUGGAAGCGCUGGUAUCAACUUUGAACACACUGGCGUCGACGGCCACACGGUCUUACGCUUUGCGAGUGACGUCUACACCGACACCAUUCUUCGAUUUGCAAAGACAAUCAAUGGCCAGGCUCCCAGUCUCUGGGCUACAUCCAGUCCCGACCCAGCCAAGCGUGAUCCGAGCAGUUUUGGCAACGUCAGCACGACGCCCCGCAAGCUGGAAUGGGAAAUGACUCCGGAGUUGAACAUUGCUUUGAGGUUUGCAGAAUCACAUCUCUCCGAUCUCCUGCACCAGCACGAAUUUCAAGUUCUCGACUUUGAGGGCUUCGGCAAGAACUUUAUCACAUCCAUGGGAUUCUCGCCCGAUGCGUUCGUCCAGAUGGCGUUCCAAGCGGCAUAUUAUGGACUCUAUGGUCGCGUGGAGAACACCUAUGAGCCGGCCAUGACCAAGUUUUUCUUGCACGGUCGGACUGAGGCUAUUCGCACGGUGACACCCGAGGCUGUCGAAUUCGUCAAAACCUUCUGGGGCGAAAAUACGGCGGAACUCAAGAUCGAUGCUCUUCGCACCGCCACCCAGAAACACACGGCCAUGACGAAAGAGUGCUCCAAGGGACAAGGCCAAGACCGGCACCUGUACGCCUUGUAUUGUCUGUGGCAGCGAACCUUUGACGACAGUUUCUUCCCAGAUAACGGUUCCGCGGGAGGAUAUUCCAGCCCCAGUGAAGGCAUGCUCUCCGAAUUGUCGGAGGAUGGUUUGUCCACGUCUCCCGACAGCGGCAGUAACCGCGGAAUGCGUGCUGCAGUGCCUCCAACGCCCGCAAUUUUCAGCGAUCCUGGUUGGGACAAGAUCAACACGACCGUACUGUCGACCUCUAACUGCGGGAACCCCUGUCUGCGUCACUUUGGGUUCGGUCCAACGUCCGCCGACGGCUUUGGCAUUGGGUACAUCAUCAAAGACGAGUCUAUCUCUUUCUGCGCCUCUUCCAAGCAUCGCCAGACCGGACGGCUGAUGCACACGCUGGAGUCCUAUCUAUUCGAGAUUCGAAAGCUGCUUCGUGCGACCAACCGGAAGGCUACCAGCCCACGGACCAGUCGCGCUCGGGAAAACGAAGUCAUGUCGGAACGACUGCAUCCUGACAUCAAUCGACGGGGUCGGGUUUUACGGGGCGACGGACGCGGCGGCUUCGAGACACCAGCGACCACGACAGAUAGUGCAGAAAUAGAAGAUGAUGGAAUGGGUGGCUAUGGUUUCUUCGAUGCCGGCAUGCUUUUACACGCCCUGAAAGGCGUCAAUGCCGAACGUGAGCGAAACGACAAGCCAGCCAGGCGUAGAUUUGUGGGGAAGAAACUUCAUCUCAAUGAAUAUUGA